AUGGGAAAGGAUACAAAAGAAAUACUAAUUGGGAAGAUUGACGACUGUGACGAUGAUGUUCGUAAAACCGGUCAGGAAAUGGAUGCAAUCCGACAAAGAACUAUAGCAUACGAGUAUCUUUGUCGCUUAGAAGAGGCGAAAACUUGGAUGGAAUCAUGUCUCCGAGAGGAACUUCCACCUGCUGUUGAAUUCGAAGAAAAUUUGCGGAAUGGCGUUUAUCUAGCUAAACUUGGACAUUUCAUAGCACCUGAUCUUCUUCCUUUGAACAAAAUAUAUGAUAUUGACCAAAGACGCUACAAAGUAAUGGGUUUGCAGUUCAAACAUACAGAUAACAUAAACAAGUUUUUACAAGUCUUAAAACAAACUGAACUACCUGUGACAUUUCAACCUGAAACAACAGAUAUUUAUGACAAUAAAAAUAUGCCAAAAGUAAUUUAUUGUCUCCAUGCUCUAAGCUCCCAUUUGUUUAAGCUUGGUAAAGCUCCCUUAAUUCAUGAUAUAUUUGGUAAAGCUGUUUUUACUGAGGAACAGUUAGAUUCUGUGUCUAAAGACUUACAAAAGUGUAAGCACCCACUGCCAAUGUUCCAAAAGAUAAGUGGUUUGUUAUCACACAAUAACAGUGCUGUGAAUAAUAAUAAUGUAGCUACAAACUAUGCUCUUAUGGAACUAAAUCAUCUCCUUGACUCUGAAAAAUCUAUAACUUCAGCUUUGUUACACCCCGAUUUGAAAUUAAAAUAUGUGCAAAAUUGCCUAAUAGAUGUGUAUAAAAAAGUCCUCAAAGCAGCAAAGCACGAAAAAAUUCAAGUUGCUCACAAUCACUCCUUGAAUGAUAGCUAUGUACCGGAUGAAUACGAUGACAUACUUACCCUAGUUGAAAUUCAAGGUCAUAUCACUGCUACAAAUUACAAAUACUUAUGGAAAUCAUUAUGUGCUGCAUGUAAGAGUAAUGAUAUAAAUAAGCUACACAAAAUAUUUAACGAGAACUGGGUAAGGGUAAAAAAUUACAAUGUCAACAAUUUGGAUUUCUAUUGUGACGUGGUUAAAGAUAUAAUUGAAAGCUGCAAAGAUAUUGAUGUAGAGAGUAUCACAAACUGGCAUAAGAUAUUUCAAAAUAUAAUCAAUGACGGUAACAAUAAAUCUUUUGAGCAUACAGAACAUAAAAGAGCCAUUGCGAAUGUUAACAAAGCAUUGGAUGAAGGUACAGCUGACGAUCUGUAUAGAGCUUUGACAAGCCCACAACUUGGGCUGAGUUUUAAAAUAGACAGAUACGCUGCACCACUUUUGUUAGAAGAAAUGAGACUUGAGAAAUGUGAAUUAGAUAAAAAUUUGAAUGAGAGUGAAAUUGCUGCAUCGGCUUUAUAUUUGAAUGCAAUUGCCUCUGUGUCUGAAGCAGUAGAGAGAGGUGAUGAAACAGCCGUUUGGAAUGCUCUUAACUCCAGACACAUACAGUUAGAAAGACUCAAACCACACUGUCGUCGACGGUAUCUUUCUGCACUAAUAGCUGCCCUACAAGUAAAAGUAAGAGAACAGUGUGAGUGCCCCUUACUGACACUUGAAGACAUUAAAGACACAAUAGAUAUGGUGAACAUGAAGGAUGACGAUAAUGAUGAAUUGGUAGAAGCUAUUGACAAUAUUAACAAGGCUGUUUGUGAGGAAGAUAUAGACACGCUGAUAGCAUUACUUAAGAGUUCAUGUCUAAAGUUACCUCUAUCACUACAUAAGGAAGAGUAUCAUUUAUACAUGAGAACUUUAAAAAGACGUUUACUACAGAAUGAACAACAAAAUCUUUGGUUUGAUGAUAUUAAAAAUGCAAUAAGUGAAGUCAAUCAGGAAUCAGUAAAAGUUAAGGAAUUUACUGACGCAAUCGUUCAGCUUAAUUUGGCCACAUUAAAGAAUGAUGUAAAUGAAUUUUGGAACGCUCUUACUUCCAGACAUCUGACUAAGUCAGAAUAUGUAGAAAGUUCAUGCAGAGAUGUAUACUUUCAAAUGUUUUCAAAGGCCCUUAAGAAGAAGGGUCAUAAUAUCUGUCCCUGGAUUGUGUGUCACACGGAUGCAGGAAAUACAGUAUAUAUUGACGUGGAAUCAUAUAGCUACAGUUGGACUACCCCUAAAGACUUUGUUCCGUAUGCACGCUAUUUAACUAAGAAAGACGUUAAUGCAAUUAUUGAUAAAACCAAUAAGCAUCACAUUAAUACAUACAGACAGAAACUCUUGGACAAAUCAUUUACAAGAUUUCAAGCUCAUUGUAGAGGGUUUUUAGUAAGGCAAUGUUGUAAAAGGUUGAUAUUUUUUAGAGAUCAUUCUGAGUAUGUAGUUAAGAUACAAGCAUGGUGGAGGCGAAUAAUGAUUCAAAGGAAAUAUGGAACUUUGAUAAGAAUGAAAGUGAUUGAAGCAAAGCUAAAAAGGGAGAGAAAACAAAAUCCAUGGGUGUGGUACAAGGCUCAGGAGCAUAAGAUUAUUAAGAUCCAGGCCUUAUGGCGAGGUCGGCGUACAAGAAAUGCUUUUAUUUCACUGUUUCACUCACCCAAUCCUCCAUUAGGAGUUGUAAAAAAAUUCAUUCCUCUGUUAGAUUUCUCUACUGAAGACUAUAAUCGAGAAAUUGAAUUGCAAACUUUGAAAUCUGAAGUUGUACAAUCUAUACGAAAAAAUCAAGAGCUCUCAAAGCAAAUAGACGAUAUGGAUCUAAAGAUAGGAUUACUGGUACAAAAUAGAAUAGCUCUACAAGAGGUUGCCGUGCAUGGCUUAAAACUAAACAAUUUGGUUAAGCACAACACGACAACUAAACUGGUUAUUAACCAAGACAACAAAGGACCACUGAUGAUGGUCUCUACAGCUGUAAAAGGCCUAAAAUCUCUGACGAAGGAGAGUAAGAAGCUGUUGGAUGGUUACCAACAUUUGUUCUAUGAACUGCAAACCAAUCCCACAUAUUUGUCAAAACUCUUAUUUUGCAUACCCCAAAACAAAACCAACUCUUUCUUACAAAAUGUCGUAUUGAGUCUUUAUAAUUUUGGGGCAUAUGCAAGGGAUGAAUAUCUAUUAUUAAAGCUCUUUAGAUUUACACUGGAAGAAGAGAUAAGUUGCAAAAUCGUUAAACCGUUUGAUAUUAUAGCUUCUACACCUUUAGUAUUGAAAAUGGCUGUAAGUCUCUCCAGACAGUUAUCGGGUUUGAACAAUCUUCAGACGAUUAUAGGACCACUCGUCGAAAAGAUAAUAAAGGAUAAGGACUUAAAUAUCGAAACAGGUCCAAUCGAAAUCUAUAAGGCUUGGCGAAAUGAAACUGAAAUGAAAACAGGACAGAUUUCGAAAUUACCGUAUUCUGUCACCCAAGAAGAAGCAUUGACCUACACCGAAGUAAAAUCACGAUUGGAUAAAGCUCUUACUCAACUGAAGACAGUCGUAGUAAUGUUCCUGGAUAAAAUAACGUCUUCGACUGAUUUGCUGCCUUUCUGUAUUACGUACAUGGCACGUGUUUUACACCGUUCUUUGACGUCGAAAUUUCCCAGUACACCUGAGAAAGAUAUACUAAAGGUAGUCGGCAAUUUGGUGUAUUACCAGUUCUUCAACGCUGCUAUAGUAGCACCUGACGCUUUUCAUAUUAUAAAUUUGCCAAGUGGUGCGGGUUUAACUACCGAUCAAAGGAAAAAUUUGGCUUCCGUCGCAAAAAUACUUCAUUUUGCAGCUUCAAAGAAAGGAUUUGGUGAGGAGUCCAGUCACCUACGGUGUUUAAACGCGUUUAUAGUGGAGUGUCACGAAAAGAUGAAGGAACUAUUUCGACAUUGCUGUCGUGGACCGACCCUCGAAGAAUACUUUUCUGUGGACGAAUACACCGAGGCCACUCUUCUACACCACCCGCAUAUAUACAUUACUGUCCAAGAAAUCGUAGACACGCACGCUCUGCUUGUCGAAUAUCAAGAUGUAAUCGCACCGGACCCUAACGCACGCCUCAAUGAGCUUUUGGAUGAUUUAGGCGAAGUACCUACAGUUGCCCAACUAGCUUCCCGAGACGUACCAUCACAAAUGGACUCGGAAGAAAAUGCAAGGUUAGAAGUAUGCCUUGCACUUGUAAAUAAAUUCCAAGCUCCAGCUGAUGAUUUGACUGAUUUAAAUAAACUAUUUAUUAAAACAAAGGAACUAUGUGUUGCUGUCAUUCCAUUUUUAAAUGGCGAACAUCUUCUAGAAGCGCUAUGUAUCGGAACAACAAGAGAACAGCAAGAACAGUACAGUGAGAAACUAAAGAAACGUAUUUAUUCCGGGCAAGUUCGUUCAGACGAUGCGACAACCUUACGAGAACAUAUCGCCAAAUUACGUCGCAACCUUCAAAUGUUAGAGGAUGAGGGUUACGUAACCCGUGAAGAUGGAUAUCAAGCACUAGUUACGUCUAUAGCCCUUGAUUUAUGUAACAAAGGCAGAUACAGACAAGCCCAGAGAAGAGCUCUAGCUACUCUAACAAGGACUAAACGCAGUCUGUGUGAAAAGACAAAGUAUUAUGAGGAGAAAUGCAAAUCAUAUGAUCAAUACAUUAAGUCCUGUCUGGCUAAUCUUCAUGCUGGUAAAAGAAGUGUUCAUGCCAGCUUAAGAAGAUCAGGGAAAGAUAUGAAAAAAUUAAAGUCAAAAUUAACUGUGAAAUACUCUGCCUCGAAACUUUUGGAAAGAGGUGUCCUUUUAGAAAUAGAUGGACUUUCCACAUCACAAUUCAAGAAUGUACAAUUUGAGAUUACACCGACCGACCAUAAUGGAGUAUUCACAGUAAAAGGUAAAUUUAUGGGGGUUGAAAUGGAAUCCAUAGACAUAGAUAUACAAGAUCUAUUACAGAAACAAUAUGAAGGCUGUACAAUUAUGGAUAUGUUCGGAAAAGCUAAAAUUAAUGUAAAUUUAUUAAUAUUCUUGUUAAAUAGUAAGUUUUAUGGAAAGUCGUAA